AUGUGGACUCAGCUCCUUCUAGGAAUAUUGACCCUAUCACCAGCCAUUGCAGAAAAAUAUCUCCCAAACUAUCUGGUGACAGUACCAGCCCAGCUUAACUUCCCCUCUACCCAGAAAGUUUGUUUGGAUCUGCGCCCGGGGUCCCAUGAUGUAAAAUUCACUAUUACUCUGGAGACCAAGAACAAGACCCAGAAGUUGCUAGAAACUUCUGAAUCGAAGAAAAGACUCUUGCAGUGCAUCUCCUUUCCGGUACCACCUCCUGCUGGUGGUACAGAAGAAGUGGCUACAGUGUGGGUGUCGGCGACCGGAAGUAAUAUCAGCUUGGAGGAGAAGAAAAAGGUUCUAAUUCAGAGGCAGGGGAAUGGCGUCUUUAUACAAACUGACAAACCUAUCUACAACCCAGGGCAGGAAGUGCACUUCCGCAUUGUCACCCUGAACAGCAGCUUUGUUCCAGUGAGUGAUAAGUACUCCAUGGCGGAGCUGCAGGAUCCAAAUAGGAACAGGAUUGCUCAGUGGCUGGAGGUGGUGCCUGAGCAAGGCAUUGUAGACCUGUCCUUCCAUCUGGCACCAGAAGCAACACUGGGAACCUAUACAGUAGAAGUGGCUGGGGGCGCGACCUUUGGCAUCUUCAGUGUGGAAGAAUAUGUGUUGCCUAAAUUUAAGGUGGACGUGAUAGAGCCCAAGCAGUUAUCAACAGUAGAAGAAUCCUUCUUAGUGACAAUCUGUUGUAGGUACACCUAUGGAAAGUCCAUGCUAGGGGCAGUGCAGGUAUCAGUGUGUCAAAAGGCAUAUACUUACCAUUUUCCAGAGGCAGAAUGGGAACAGCUACCUGACAAAUGCAGGAACCUUUCUGGACAGACUGACAAAGCAGGAUGCUUCUCCGCUUCUGUGGACAUGUCCACCUUCAACCUCACUGGUUACAUGUACAGCCACACCAUCAAUAUUGUGGCUACUGUGGUGGAGGAAGGAACAGGAGUAGAAGCCAGUACCACUCAGGAUAUUAACAUUUCUUCACAAGUGGGAUCAAUAACCUUUGAAGACACCAAAAAUUUUUAUUACCCCAGUUUCCCCUUCAGUGGGAAGAUAAGAGUUAGGGGCCAUGAUGGCUCCCUUCUCAAGAAUCAUUCAGUAUUUCUGGUGAUUUAUGGCAUAAAUGGAACCAUCAACCAGACCCUAACUACUGACAAUGAUGGCCUUGCUCCCUUCGAGCUGGAUACAGUUAAUUGGAAUGGGGGAGAUAUUUCUCUGGAGGGCAGAUUCCAAAUGGAAGAUUCGGUACACUAUCCAGAACAGAGGCCUCAUUACUACCAAAAUGGCUAUCUGCACCUGCAGUCCUUCUACAGCACAACUUGGAGCUUCCUUGACAUCCACCCACUACAUGGGAUCUUGGUGUGUGGCCAGCCCCAGGAAGUGCUGGUGGAUUAUUACAUUGAUCCAGAGGAUGCAAACCCUGACCAGGAAGUCAUCUUCUCCUACUAUUUAAUAGGGAAAGGGCAUUUGGAGAUGGCGGGGCAGAAACACCUGAACUUUGAGAAGGAAGGAACAAAAGGCUCCUUUUCCCUCUCACUGACCUUCACUUCCAGACUAGCCCCUGACCCUUCCCUGGUGAUCUAUGCCAUUUUUCCCAGUGGAGGCAUUAUAGCUGACAAAAUUCAGUUCUCAGUAGAGAUGUGUUUUGACAAUCAGUUGUAUUUCUCCCUUCCACGGGUUUCCCUUGGCUUCUCACCUCCCCAGCAGCUUCCAGGAGCAGAUGUGGAAGUACAGCUACAGGCAGAUCCUGGGUCCCCGUGUGCAGCCCGGGCUGUGGGUGAGAGUGUCUUACUACUUAGGCUGGAGACAGAGCUGAGCAACGAUUCUGUCUAUAGGAUGUUCUCAUUCUGGUAUGGUCACUACCCCUAUCAGGUGGCUGAAUAUGAUGAGUGUCCAAUGUCUGGCUCCUGGGACGCUCCUCAGCCCCUCUCAAUUAUGUGGAGGCCUUGGUUCUCUGAAGGCAUGGACCUUUUCCAUUCUUUCCAGGGCAUGGGCCUGAAAAUACUGUCCAAUGCCAAAAUUAAGAAACCAGUAGAUUGCAGUCAACAGUCUCUAAAAUACAGCUUUGCAAUGUCUGGAGGUAAGCUACCUGAGAGUUUUGAGUCAUCAUCAUCUUCAUCACUUCAGUCAGAGAACUCUCAGGUCUGCCAAUACUUCCCGGAGACUUGGCUCUGGGAUCUGUUUCCUAUUGGUGACUCUGGGAGGGAGGCUGUCCAUGUCACCGUUCCUGACACCAUCACCGAGUGGAAGGCCAUGACUUUCUGUACCUCCCAGUCCAGAGGCUUUGGUCUUUCACCUACUGUUGGACUGACUGCUUUCAAGCCAUUUUUUGUUGAACUGACUCUCCCUUACUCGGUAGUUCAUGGGGAAUCCUUUCGCCUUACUGCCACCAUCUUCAGUUAUCUGAAGGACUGCAUCAGGGUUCAGACUAACCUGGGUACAUCAGAUAAGUACCAGGUGGAAUCGUGGACAGAUUCUUGGGGCUCCAGCUGUCUCUGUGCUGAUGAAGCAAAAAACUAUCACUGGAAUAUCACAGCUACCAAAUUGGGUCAUGUGAACUUUACCAUCACUACUAAGAUUCUGGACAGCAAUGAACUCUGUAAGGGGCAGAAGGGGUUCGUUCCAGCAAAGGGCCAGAGUGACACACUCAUCAAACCAGUUCUGGUCAAGCCUGAGGGAGUCCUUGUGGAGAAGACAUACAGUUCAUUGCUUUGUCCAAAAGGACAAGUGGCUUUAGAAUCCAUCUCCUUAGAGCUCCCUGUGGAUGUUGUUCCUGAUUCAAGCAAGGCUUAUGUUAUGGUUCUGGGAGACAUUAUGGGCAAAGCCCUACAGAACCUAGACAAUCUGGUACAGAUGCCAAACGGCUGUGGGGAGCAGAACAUGGUCUUGUUUGCUCCCAUAAUGCAGUACCUGGAGAAGGCAAGGCUGCUGACUGAGGAAAUCAGGUCUCGGGCAGUGGGUUUCCUGAAGCUAGGGUACCAGAAGGAGCUAAUGCACAAACACAGCGAUGGCUCAUACAGUGCCUUUGGGGAGCAGGAUGGAGAUGGAAACACAUGGCUGACAGCGUUUGUCACCAAAUGCUUUGGCCAAGCUCAAGAAUUCAUCUUCAUCGAUGACAGUAAUAUCCAGGAUGCUCUCAAGUGGAUGGCGGUAAACCAGCUCCCCAGCGGUUGCUACGCCAAUGUGGGAAGGCUCAUUCACACAGCUAUGAAGGGCGGCGUUGGCGAUGAGCUUUCCCUGAUGGCGUACCUCACAGCUGCAUUGCUGGAGAUGGGAAAGACCACACAUGACCCGAUGGUGAGUCAGGGUCUGCAGUGCCUCAGGGGCUCGGUUUCCUCCACUACCAGCCUCUACACACAGGCCCUCCUUGCUUAUACUUUCUCUCUGGCUGGGGAGAUGGACAUCAGAAACACUCUUCUCGAAAAGUUAGACCAGCAGGCUAUCAUCUCAGGAGAGUCCAUUCACUGGAGCCCAAAGCCUGCUCCGUCAGUGGAUGCCAGACCUUGGUCUCAGCCUGAGGCUGUAGAUGUGGAACUGACAGCAUAUGUAUUACUGGCCCAGCUUAGCACAGCCAGCCUGAUUCAAAAGGAGAUUGCCAAGGCCACUGCCAUAGUGGCUUGGUUGGCCAAGCAACGUAAUGCAUAUGGGGGCUUCUCUUCUACUCAGCUGAGUAAGAAGACUCAGACCUAUACCUUCACCAUCAGCCAAAGUGUGUUGGUCACUAACCUGAAACCAGCAACCAUCACAGUCUAUGACUACUACCUCCCAGAUGAACAGGCAACAAUUCAGUACUCUGACCCCUGUGAAUGA